AUGGUAAAGGAACAUCAUCAUGGUCAUCAUGUCUCUGUGGAAGUACCCAUCAAUAACAACAACAACAAGGAUAUGGAGGAGGAUGAGGAUGAGGAUGGGAGGAUGCUAAUUAGACAGAAGCCCAAGAUAUCACCGUCUUUCGUCGAUCCAAUGAUAUCAGCAAGUAAAUGUAUUAGAUGUUUGAUAGAUGGUAAUUAUGUAAAUGGCGAUAACCAUGUUGACUAUUAUGAUGUUUAUUUAACUAAUGAUGAUAAAGACAACCGUAUUAAUAAUAACAACAACACCAACAACAACAACAACAACAACAACAACAACAACAAGAACAACAAGAACAAGAACCCGAACUAA